AUGGCAGAAUCGGACGAAGACGAGAGCAUGGGGCUGGUUUCGGAAGCAAAGAAGGGAAAGAAGAAGCCACCUCCGGCGCCAAAGCAUCGUCAUGGCAAGCUUGUCACCCAGAGACAGCCGCAGACAGUGUCCUUCGAGAGCUUCUCUGCUUCUGAGCCUGCAGCACCCUCUGUCAUACAGCAGAACGACAGUUCAGACAACAACAAGCCACUUCCGCCGACUCCGGUCGUGUCGCCUCAACAGCAGCACAUCAGCUCGCAAGACACCUCACAACAGCGGCCAGCACCGCUAAAGCAGCAUUCCAGCGAUUCGUUGCUGACAACGGAGAUACCGAAGCCGCAAAAGAGAGCGCCUCCACCCGUCCCUCUAGCCCGCAGACAGAGUCAACUGCGCUCUUCCACAACGGGGAACCGAUCGCGAAGCAACUCCUCCCUCACCAUGACAUCCCAACACUCCAUCGAAGCACCUCUCCUCAGUCCCACUCCAAAUAUCAAGGACCCUUUAUCCGUCGCAAAAUCUCCACCGCCACCUCCGCGCUCAAGACACGGCGCUCGGCUCAAAGACACCAGCACAUCCAGCGCCAACUCGUCCAGCACCGAGCUCCCCCAGCGCACCGCAUCAAUCCGUUCCACACAAGGCGUUUCGUCCUCGAGGCGCAGCACACUAGACUCCGAGCCUGCAUCGCCCGCCCGCCGCACGUCGUCCAUCUCAUCCACUCGCAUCGUCUCCAGCGAAAGCACGGGGAGCGCGCACAUGCCUCCUCCACCUCCACCACCUCGUCGGCGCCAAUCAAACCGCUCGAGUCUCGAUCACCAGCGUCCGACCAUUCCCUUGUCGCCCAGCGAGAGCCGACGCACGAGCACGAGUUUGGAGAAUAACAAGCGCACGAGCGUGGCAAGUGAGCAUUCUCUGAGGCCAGUGGGUGAGGUCGGGGUGGUGAAGGAGGGAGCGGACAAGGAGGUGGAGUUAGGGGAUGCGAAGGGGAUACUGGAUGACAUGGAGAAGUUCCAGAGGGAGAUUGAGGAGUUGAUGAGGAAUACUGGGGCGAAGUAG